UCACAGUCAUGCUACUUACUUUUUGUCUUCCAGGACAGAAGUCGGCUCUCUGUGUCACCCUCUUCCUACAUCUUCCAUUAGCUCCAGGACUGUUCACCAACACCAGUAGCCAAAAUGAGCAUGCAACUUGAAUUGAAGAAUGUGUUUCUGAGAGCUGGAGAUCAGCUGAAAGUAAAAGGGUUGGUUCUGCAUGAUGCUGAGAGAUUCCAGAUCGACCUCGGCUGUGAUCCAGACAACGUGGCAAUGCACUUUAACCCUCGUUUCCACGAUGACACUGAUGGAACCGUUCUUGUUUGUAACUCAAAGAUCGCUGGUUGUUGGGGCGAUGAGAAACGGGAAUCACAUAACCCUUUACAGAGAGGCACAGAUGUCAAGAUUGUGUUCAAGCUGACUGGAGACAUGUUUGAAGUGGAGCUUCCUGAUGGACAAGAAGUCCAGUUUCCCAACCGUGAGGGCAUGGACGUCUUCAGCUACAUCAGAAUCACAGGAGACUUUAAACUGGCUUCAUUCAAAAUCUGUUAAGAGACACAACUUCUGUCACACACGCAUGCUGUGUUUGUCACUUUGGUUAAACACAAGACUUUGAGAAAUGGUCAGUUAUUGUGAGAAAUGUUCAUCUUUAAGAGAUGUAGAUCUUCAGCACAUUGGAAAUGUAUCUUUAUUUAAAAAUGUCCUGUUGUGCACAAGAAUAUAAAAUGUUUGAAUUCAAA